GUCUACUGUUGCACGUGGAAUGUGGGAGACGAGGCGCCUCCUAGACAAGACCUGUCCAAGUUGCUUGGUGUAAAUUCCCAACCGCAUCCAGAUGUCAUCUUCCUAGGUUUGCAAGAGGUCGUCAGGUCGGCUGAUUGGUAUGAGUCAUUCAAGCUCGUUCUUGCGCCCUUAGACUACGUCCUCAUCAAAUAUCGAAACUGCUGGGCCAUUUGGAUCUACGCCUUUGUUAAACGUCACCUCCUACCGGCUUUGAACAACAUAGAGUCAGAGUUAACGGCAUUUGGAUACGCAGGAAUAAUGGGCAACAAGGGCGCGUGUAGCGUUCGCUUUGAGGUCUGUGGGGUCAAUAUGGCAUGCGUCUCUGCGCACUUCACGGCGCACACCGAGAAGCGGGACGAGAGGAUAAACGACUAUCACGAUGUUUUGAAAGACCAGACUUUCCGCGACCCUGAUGUUAAUCUUCUCAUGGAUCAUGAUUAUGUUUUCUGGAUGGGAGACCUUAAUUUCCGGACAGAAAGUCUUGACAAGGAUGGAGCAGAACGGCUGAUUUUUGCUAAACGUCUAGACAGCCUAAUGAAAUACGACCAGCUGAAAAAGGCGAUGGAUGAGGAGCUAGUGUUUCAUGAUUUCAAAGAAGGUGAAAUUACAUUCCCACCGACAUUCAAGUUCGACAAAGGCACAACAAACUACGACUCGAGAAUGUGUGGGUGGGUGGGUGAUGCCGAAGACGUCCAGGCACUGACGGCAGACGCCUUGGAAGCGGGGUUCAGGCGUGCAGACGCGGUGCGUUACGUCUGCAUGCCCCAAAUCACCAGGUUGAGGCCACACAUGCGGGCAGCCGACAGUAAAAAACGGCGCGUUCCUUCCUACACCGACCGGAUCCUAUACAUGCAGCACAACGACUUCGCUCUUGACCAUAAUGUGCAACUUGAUGCAAUGGGCCGCAAAACCGCACAAAAGUCGCGUAAAAAGGCCGUCCGAGGCGGGCCCAGCGCCUCCGACCGGCCGCCUCGCCGUGCCAAUGACACCUCCACCGACCAUCCUGAGCUCCGUCUCGUUGCGUACGACUACCUGCCCGAGUACACCUCGUCCGAUCAUCGACCAGUGUAUGCCAGGUUCGAGGCCAAAGUUCCCAACUGCUGGUUUCAGCUACCUGUUCGGUUCAUUCAUUGUAGCGAUAGACCUCAUCCUGUUAACAAAGACCUCACUUUCCUCUACGCGGUGAUGGACCCCCCUCCGAUCAUCACUGAAGGCUGUCCAGGUGAAGGACAGAGAGCGCUCAAACUCCGCUCCCGUGUUCGUUCAAGCUCCACUGACGAUGUUUCUCGUGCUUCUCGUCUUGCGAUCAAUCCAAGCGUCCAGGACCUUGUCAAACAACGGUGCAACAAUUUGCUCACAGUUAAACAAACUAAUCUUAGCUUGUCAUGCGGUGGUCACGAAAUGUUUCCACCUGCGACUCUACAGGUGCAAAAUUGGGACUGGGUUUCAGUUUUACCUGCUGACUUUUACGAUUUCUGGAAGGAUGAGUUCACCGUCAUGUCUGCGUCGACCUCCUCCCUCUCCAGUUCUGGUUCGACUCUCGAUGAAAUCGUUGAGGGGAAUGCCAACCGAUUUGAAAAGAUUGCGGCAUUACGCUCACUAAUACCUGCGCCAUCAUCCGUCCUUGAUUCUUCCUUAUUAAAGGGGAAAAUUGACCAUGCUGUUUUGGAGCGCUGCCAUUCAGACGCCAUACAGCUGGUCUACAUGUCGAAGUCGAAAAACUGUCCCCAGGGUUAUAGCGAUAUCAUAAAGGUUAGUUGGGAAACUAGUUCAUAA